CGCAAACCCCCUGCAAGCUCCUAUUGGUACUUUGGAUCCACUUAGUAGCCAUGGCAGACUCCAUAAUGUGGCAUCGUCGCUUCUGCACAGCCAAUUGACUGAGCUUUAGAUAUCAGAGCUCCAGCUGACCCCUCCUAGCGAGUGCAAAAGCGCAGGUACACCGGGUGGAUGAGGAGAGCAGGCCAAUCUAGAAAGUCAGAAACGCAAUUCGGCCAUUUUCGUUUCCCUACUAGCAGAUCCUGGCUCGUUUCCCUUUCCCCACGAAACGAAAACUAUAAUACCCUUCAUUUCACCUUUUUUAUCGUCUAUUUUGUUCUUUUUCCAUAUUACUCCUCGCGCUUACCAUACAGCAAUGCGAUCUCGGCGGGCGAGUGGCGCGAGCGCUUGUGAGCGCCAGCCCCUGUGGGUAAGACCAGAUGAAUUGGACGACAGCGACAACAAAAACCCGAGCAAUAAGCGCCACCUCGGCCUAUUCUCGACGGCCCUACUCCUGACCAACCGCAUGAUCGGCGCCGCCAUCUUCUCCGUACCGUCUUCCAUCUUUCUCAGCGUCGGCAGCGUCGGCGCGGCACUUUCAAUAUGGGUUGUGGGGAUUAUCCUCACCUUUUGCGGAUUUUACAUAUAUUUGGAACUGGGAUGUCUGAUGCCGCGCACCGGUGGGGAGAAGGUGUACUUUGACACGGCAUACCCUCGCCCCUACCGUCUCGCCAGCACGCUUUAUGCCUUCUACGUGCUAUUCGGAUUCCCCGGCCUGGCCAGUAUCGUGGUCGCGGAUAACGCCCUUCUGGCUUUCAAUGUCGCUACUAAUGAAGCUGGACAGCGACUGACCGCGGUUGGAGUGAUGGCCUUAGUCGCAGCAUGUCUCUCGAUAUCUCGCGAAUGGAGCGUGCGAAUUGUCAACUCGUUAACCUUACUAAAGCUUGCGACCUUCCUGUUGAUUCUUGCCACCGCGUUUGCCAUUGUCGUGGGAGUCCUUCCAAGGAAUGUUGAUACUGGUGUCGACUUUCGCCAACCAUUCGCGGGUUCCUCAACCACGGUAUAUGACUACACUGUCUCACUGUUCAAAGUGCUAGAAUCGUUCCUGGGGUGGAAUAGUGCGAGUAUGGUGUUAGGGGAGGUCAAGAACCCACGGAGGACCCUCAAGGUGGCCGGUCUGCUCGGCGUCGGCGCCGUUGGCAUACUAUAUCUGUUGAUCAAUGUCUCCUAUUUUAUUGUGGCGACACCGGAUGAUAUUAGCCGGGCCGGUGUGCAGCUGGUUGCGCGUCUACUAGGCAACAUCUUCGGGAGCGCAGCCUCGCGUGUCACCGCGGCCAUGGUCGCUCUCUCCACCUUUGGUAGUAUGAUCUCGACAGCAUUCGCUGUCACCCGGGUAAUCCGGGAGCUCGCAGUGGAAGGAAUCGUUCCAGCGGCUGACAUUCUGUCCAAGUCAUCCAAGUCUGGCAACCCAGCCACUGCGACAUCAGUGUUCAUGUUCGCACCGUCGGUAGUGGCAGUCCUACUGUUGCCCUUUGGGGACGCCUAUGCAUUUCUACUGGAUGUGAACCAGUACUUACUGGUGAUGGUAUAUAGUGCUGUCGUAACAGCCCUCUUCAUCAUUCGACAGUACGUCCCAGCGGCCGACUACCCAUUCCGCGUGUGGACGUGGGUUCCAUAUCUCUUUCUUGCUUUUCAGGUUUUCCUACUGCUGUCCCCACUUGCAUCUUCCAACGGCGCUGGCGAUACCAGUUUACCGUUCUGGCUUGCCCCAGCCGUGUCCUUCUUCGUGAUCGGGCUCGGUAUAUUGUACUGGCGACUGAAGUCUUUCGUCACCCCUUCCGCGGACGAGCCAUUUUGGUCCCGACGGGACAAUGUUGGGUCGUAUGGCUCCGUGGCUGCGUCAUAAUGCGGCACAGCCACAAAGACUACGACAUGCAUGAUUGCAGUAGACAUAUAUACUAGCGUACAACUUGUUUCGCUUUACAGGACUAUCCCAUUGGUAUUUUCACGGGCUUACCUGACGUGUAUCACUCGUUUCUUCGCUGUCUGCCGUCGUAAGUAGUCCUCCU